AUGAUUGAACGUUUCUAUCCAAAGUUGACCUUGGACUUUGAAACUAACAAGAGAUUGACAUCCGAAAUCGCCGUUAUCCAAUCUAAGAGAUUGAGAAACAAGAUUGCCGGUUACACCACUCAUUUGAUGAAGCGUAUUCAAAAGGGUCCAGUUAGAGGUAUUUCAUUCAAGUUGCAAGAAGAAGAAAGAGAAAGAAAAGAUCAAUAUGUUCCAGAAGUUUCUGCUUUGGACUUGAGCCACACCAAUGGUCAAUUAGAAGUUGAUUCUGAAACAUCUGACUUGGUCAGAUCUCUUGGCUUGAAAAUCCCAAUCCAAACCGUUGCUAUUUCUGCUCAAAGAGGUCCAAGACGUUUCGCAAAGAGAAGCUAA